AUGGAAGAUCCUGGGAUUAGAGACCAAUACCAAGUAGCAGAAACCAAGAAGCACCGCAAACUCUGGAAGAAAGGGAGGGCGGAGGUGUUCAAAGCAGGGAUAGAAAACCAAACUGAAGUGGGGGGGGGGUCAGGCUACCGCGUGAGAGCACCCGAGAGUGAACAAAAACAGAGCUGCUGGAAGAGCAGCGAAUGGGUAGGAUGGAGGACGAAAUCCAGGGCUGCGGGAGAACAGCGCGAGACAAGACCCCGGCACCCAAACACUGAGUUCAGGCCCGCAGUGAGGUCACAGCUCCUUAUGAGGUGGGGCCCACCGGCUCGACCGCAGCGCUUUCCCGUCGGCGCCCAGACGGCGGCGAGCUCAGCCGCUUCCCCACCGCCCGCCCUAGAGCCUGGAUGGUGCAACGAGGUUAGGUGUGCAAUUGCUGUUAUGGACAUUUGCAAGGGAAAACCCAGAGUUGAGACAGAAAGAAACCAUACUUGGUAUACUCCUCCAGUGAAGAUUGCCUCUCCCUCUCUGAAGCUGUCAAAGGAGGAGAUGACCAGGAAAGAAAGCACUUUAUGCCAGUUGCCGAAUCAGUACCAUGUUCCCAAGACUUCAUUACCUCUUUAUACAUCUUCCUCAUUUAUUUGGGAAAAGAAAUUACAUUCUAACCUCUCUCUGACAUUAUAUGAAGAAAUACCUCAAGGACAUUUUUAUGCAGAAGAAUUAAGUGAACUUCUUAAAGCCUGUAAAAUUUUUAGUAAAAUUCGAAGUGGUAAGAUUUAUGUGAACGAUCUGCCAAUGGUCCUUGGUACCUUGAAGAUUUCUAUAAGUGAUUCAGAAAUGCUACAGGCACUAAAGACUAUUGAUAUCAAUGUUAAUGGAAUGCUGGAUUUUUCAAAUUUCCUUAAGGCUGUGAAUGAUAUUUCUUAUGUGACCUCUCAGGAUUCAGCAUUCCAGAAAGCCUUGGAGAUUUUUUCUAGGAUAAAAGAUGGUCGGGUUCCUACUGAUGAAGUGGUUGCUGUUUUGAGUAGCAUGAAUAUCUUUGUAAACCCUGACACACUGCAGGAAGUGAUCAAAUAUUCCUAUACUGACCGUAACCAGAUGGUGGAUAUUGGUGAUAUUGUAUUUGCUUUGAAUGAACUACAGCAACCGUAUGAAGAUGUUUCAAUUAUUGAAGAUUCAGCCCCGGAUGAAACUACUUUAGACAGUGAAUUACCAAAUGUAGCAGGACACUCUCUACAACGUAGGAUAAGAAGCUUACCUGCCAGACCAUCUGAAUCUUCAAUACUCAAGAAUUUGAAUGGAAAGAGCCUCCAAUAUCAUAGUAAUAUUAUGGAGAAUGAUGACACUGAAUUUAAACAAUCAAGAUAUUCUUGGCCAGUAGGACAAUUCCUGGGCAGAGUUGAUAGCAAUCAUGAAAUUCAUGACCCAAAGUCUGUACCACAAAGCUUGAAGAAUGUUAUAAGCCUCAGUAAAUCUUUGGAUAAAAUUGAUAUUUCAAGUGUUCCAAAACUUGAGAAACUAGUUGUGAGAAGGCCUUCCACUCUUCUAAAACAGAUUUCAUCAGAGAAAAACCCAGCAAUUACUACCUUGGUAUUGCCUGAUGUAACCGAGAACCUCCAUAAUAUCAGCAAGGAGCAAAUGAAUGUCUCUGACCUGUGGAACAUUCUGUCUACUCUGAAUAGUAAUUUAAAAAAAGAUGAAUUCCUAGAUGCACUGAAAUUCACAACUGUUGAUGAGUUCCAGGAGAUUGUAUUAGCUCUUGAUUCACUUGAAGGUGACAUGAUAUCUGGGGAGAAUUUAGAAGAUUUUCUAAGAAAUAUUGGGAUUAAAUCACCUAAAGAAGAGGUAGAGAAAAUUCUUCAGUCAGAUUUGGUUUCUGAAGACAACAUGGUGAAUGUUAAAGACUGUAUGAGGGCUUUGAGGGACACCCAGAAAUUUUCCAAUUUUAUUGCAUUAAAUGAGACCAUCAAUAAAUUGGACUGCAUGAAAGAAGGCUAUCAGUCUGAUAAAGACAAAUAUUCAGACGUACUUGAAAAUAAUGAUAGACAUUUUACUGACAAAACUCUUCAGAAAACAGAAGAUGACUCCUUUGUUGAAGAGAUUAAAGAAGCUGCUCACAUCUUGUCACAUGUUGAUAAUGGUAAGAUUGAUAUACCUAACUUGAAACAUGCCCUGAAAUGUUUGAAUGCUAAUUUAACAGAGGAGGAUGUCAAUGAAGCCCUUAAACAUUGUGACAUCAGUGAUAAUAUGGCAGUAGAUUUAAAAGAUUUCUUAUUGGAAAUGAAAGAAAAUCCACAUUUCAAAGAGUCCAAGGCUACCCAACUACUCUUAGCUACUACCCAAAUUCUCCAAGAUGAUCUAAUUGAUGUCUCUGAUCUCAAGAUGUUAUUGAUGAACAAUGAUCUUUAUCCAGCUAAUGCCAUAUUUAAUGAAGUGUUAAGACAUAUACCUGAACAUGAAUAUGGCAAAGUUACUGUUCAAGAAUUUAUGAGCAAGCUCUCUGAUACAUUAACAAUUCCAAAAGCUACAGGAGUUGAAGAUAAAUUUUACAACAUGGAUAUUCACAAAAAUGAUCUUAGAGCUGUUUCUGAUAUUCAUCAAAAUUUAAAUGCUAUAGGAAUCUAUCUAACAGAUGACAAAAUACAGAAGACUUUGGAUAAUACCAAUCCUAAUGAUGAAGUAGUGCAUUUUGAGGAUUUUAUCAGAAAAUUGGCCAACACUGAUGAAUUUAUUGAGUGCCAAAGGAUAGAAGAUGCAUGGAACAUUGUUAAGAGUGUCUCUGAUGGAAAAGUUAAAAUUAAAGAUCUUUUAUCUACCUUAAAGAGUAUGGAGAUACCUUUAAAUGAAUACCAACCUAACCCUGCAAUAGAUGGCUUGGUGUAA